CCUUCGGAAUAGCGCGGCGGGGAGUAGAGCGACUGCAGAACACCACAAUCUGUAACAAAAAACGCGGAGGGGGAAGAAAAGGUCGAAACAAGAAAGAACAUAGAAACAAACGGUUUAUUGGAGCAUUUUUAAACGUUUCUUUCCAUUAAAGUUGGUGUUUGGCAUUCUGAGAAUGACGAGAACAACGUGAUUUUUCCCCCCAGGACAUGUUUCUGUUGGAGUUAGUGAAAUAUGUUUUCGAGUGCAUUGUGGAUAGGCUGAAUGUAGUGGGGCAUCGUAAGAAAAUAAAUUUGAUUUAUCAUAGUGUUUUACAUUGAAAUGUAAUUGUUAUCUAUCAGAGCAGCAUAGGAAAUUGUAUAGAGAAGCUCUGAACAAUCAGAAACUCUGGGUAGUUACGCAAAAUACGACCGUAUGUCGCUCUAUACUGAGUGUCAGAACUGAUUGCCUCAGCUGUUCAAAGUAUUUUUUGGGGGGAGACAACGGUUUUGGACAGCAAGCUUGCAUGAUAGGUUCAGCAUUGAAAUUUGGUAGGCUUUAAUACACAAGCAAAGAAGACAUUGGGGCGUUAUUAAUCCCAAUAGCCUAUCUAUGAUUUUAAACGUUUAGCCUACAAACAAAAGGAUUAUGAGCUGAGUUCUAACACCGUUUGGAUAUGCAAAACCAACUUCGAGAAUGAAGAAAAGGAAGUUGUAUUCCCGGUAGUUCACAUUGGUCUGUUUAUUCAGAAGCGAAUUUACACAUUACAUCGUGUUUAUUUAGUGUCGUCAAUUUCUGAAUGUUAUGGUCAGAAACUCACUUAUUCAAAAGACUGAGCUGGACAUAUUCUGACUGUGCUCCACUGGACAUAGCCUGUUUGAACAGAGCUGGACAUAUUGUGAGCUGGAGCAAAUUAUAUCAAUUUAAUCGAAAACUAAAGUGGAACACUAUUUUACCAUAGUUGUAAAGUUAUCAGUUUCGUUAUUACAUGGGAAAAUAAUAAAACUAAUCACAUUUUAAUUGAGAGGUGGAUUUUAACACUGGUGGAAGGAUUGCUCCGGUUGCGCACUGGAAGCGGCUGAAUUUUGCCCACGGAGGCGGCUGUCGAAUUUGAGUGUGGAACGCACCCCCAAAACUGACAUGGAAGAGUGGAGGCAAUGCGGGCGGUGGCUGAUAGACUGCAAGGUUUUGCCCCCAAACCACCGGGUCGUGUGGCCUUCUGCGGCUGUGUUCGACUUGGCACAGGCGCUACGAGACGGAGUGCUCUUGUGCCAGAUGUUGCACAACCUCUCACCGGGGUCUGUGGACCUAAAGGAGAUCAACUUCAGACCCCAAAUGUCACAGUUUCUGUGUCUGAAGAACAUCCGGACGUUCCUCAAGGUGUGCCACGACAAGUUUGGCCUGCGUAACAGUGAGCUGUUUGACCCAUUUGACCUGUUUGAUGUCAGGGACUUCGGCAAGGUGAUCUCAGCCCUGUCCAGGAUUUCCCACCACAGCAUUGCACAGAUCAAAGGGAUCAGGCCCUUUCCUUCGGAGGACACUGCUCUAAAUGAGGAUGAUGUGUACCGGAGUCUUGAGGAACUAGCAGAUGAGCAUGAUGUGGGGGAGGAUGACAUCUACGACUGUGUUCCCUGUGAGGACGAUGGAGAUGACAUCUACGAGGACAUCAUCAAGGUGGAAGUACGACAACCCAUGAUCAGAUACAUGCAGAAAAUGGGCAUGACAGAAGACGACAAGAGAAACUGCUGCUUAGUGGAGAUCCAGGAGACCGAGGCCAAGUACUACAAGACGCUGGAGGACAUUGAGAAGAAUUAUAUGAUCCCUUUGAAGCAAGUUCUCAGUCCACAAGACAUGGAGUCCAUCUUUGUAAAUCUCGAGGAUGUGAUUAAGGUCCACUUUGCUCUGCUGAGGGCCAUCGACCUCAACAUGGUGAGCGGAGGCAACGGUCUGGGGAAGAUCUUCAUAGACUUCAAGGAAAGAUUGUUGAUCUACGGCCAGUACUGCAGCCACAUGGAGACUGCCCAGAAGAUACUGGAUGAGCUCAUCGCCACGCGUGAGGACGUCAAAAUGAAAGUAGAGGAGUGCACUAUGAAGGUGCAAGAGGGCAAGUUCAAGCUCCAGGACCUGCUGGUAGUGCCCAUGCAGAGGGUUCUCAAGUAUCACCUCCUACUUAAGGAGCUGGUGAGUCAUUCAACUGACCGACCUGAGAGACAGCAGCUCAAGGAGGCGUUGGAGGCCAUGCAGGACCUGGCUAUGUACAUCAACGAAGUGAAGAGAGACAAUGAAACCUUGAAGAAGAUUAGUGAAUUCCAAAACUCCAUCGAAAACCUUCAGCAGGUCAAACUGGAGGAGUAUGGCAGACCAAAGAUAGAUGGAGAGCUCAAGGUUUCCUCCAUAGUCAACCGAACAAAGCAGGACCGGUACAUAUUCCUGUUUGAUAAAGUAGUCAUAGUGUGCAAGCGGAAAGGCUACUGCUAUGAAUUGAAGGAGAUCAUUGAGCUGCAGUCAUACAAAAUGUCUGACGACCCCAUGAACAACAGGGACAUGAAGAAGUCGAGUGGAAAAAUGUGGUCCUAUGGCUUCUACCUGAUCCACCUGCAAGGGAAGCAGGGUUUCCAGUUCUUCUGUAAAACAGAGGACACCAAGAGGAAAUGGAUGGAGCAGUUUGAGAUGGCCAUGUCAAACAUCAAGCCGGAGAAAGCCACGGCCAAUCAGCACAACUUCCAGAUGCACACGUUUGAGAAGGACACCAACUGCCGAGCCUGCAAGAUGCUGCUGAGGGGGAUCUUCUACCAGGGAUACUACUGUUCCCGCUGUGGGACUGGAGCUCACAAAGAGUGCCUGGAGUGCAUCACCACCUGUAAAAUAAAUCCACUUGACACAGAACCUGGACUACUGCCAUCAGGCCCUAAGAUGGUGGCAGUGAGGAACUAUCAUGGGACGCCUGUUCCUCCAGGGAAGCCUCCACUCUCCUUCCAGACAGGCGACUUCAUCGAGCUCCUGAAGGGGGAACCUGACACCACCUGGUGGGAGGGAAAGCUUAUCCAAACCCAGAAGAGUGGCUUCUUUCCUAACAACUGUGUAAAGCCUUGUUUGGACCCCAAGCCGUUGUUCCAGUCCUUCCCCAGCCGGCAGUCCUCAAGGGAAACAGACUACUAUGGAUACCCAUGGUUUGCUGGCAACAUGGAGCGGACACAGGCUGACAACCUGUUGAAGUCCCACAGCAGUGGAACAUACCUGAUCAGAGAGAGGACUGCUGAGGCAGAGAGGUUCGCCAUCAGCAUCAAGUUCAAUGAUGAAGUAAAGCACAUUAAAGUCAUUGAGAAAGACAGCUGGAUCCACAUCACUGAGGCUAAGAAGUUUGAGAGUCUACUGGAGUUGGUGGAGUACUAUCAGUCCCAUUCACUGAAGGAGAGUUUCAAGCUGCUAGACACGACAUUACGCUAUCCCUACAAAUCUAGAGAACGAGGGCCGGCAUCACGGGCCAGCACCCGCUCUCCAGGUGAGCCCAUACCUGCAGCCAUUGGUGCUUCCUACAACUUCUCCUUCCUCAGUCCUCAGGGUCUCAACUUCUCCUCCUCUCAGAGCUCAGCCCCGUUCUGGUCAGUGUUCACACCGAGGGUGGUCAGUACAGCAGUGGCCAGGUACAACUUUGCAGCACGGGACAUGAGGGAGCUGUCACUCAGAGAAGGGGAUAUUGUUAAGAUCUACAGCAAGAUCGGAGGAGACCAGGGCUGGUGGAAGGGAGAGGCCAACGGCAGGAUUGGCUGGUUUCCUUCAACAUAUGUUGACGAAGAAGGAGUUCAGUGAGGCUCUGAUGUCACCAUGGCUCCUAUCCAAUCACAUCACACCUCGCUCCACAGUCCUCAGAAAGGACUAGUUGGUUUCCAGGGAAACACCAUGUGGAAUACUUUUUGCUGGAUACUGAUUUUGCAGUGAACAAUGUUUCUAUUCCGGUUUUCUUCCUACGCGUAUGCAUUAGCUUUGCUUAUGUUGUUUUUUUGUAAGAUCUUGUCCUGUUUGAUCUCUGUGAGGAAAAACUGGAUUCCAGUCUGUCUGCCUCUGGUUGUUCUGAGGGGGCUGACAUGAACUGAGGAACAUUGCAGAGAGAGGCCCAACAUACUCUACGUACAGAGACUAGGGAACCUAUAGUUUUAUUACAUGGAUAGACUCCUCCUUUGUUGCAGGUCUAUGGGAGGGGGUAAUAUAAUAUAUAGAUAAUUUAUUUAACAGAGAUCCUAACGAUUAUUGUGUGAUAUUGAUGUUAGCAACACAGCAGAGAAAAGGAGAUGAAGAAAAAUACAGAUUUGUGUUUCUUUUCUGGAAGAUUUUGCCUUAGUUGUCAUGGUGAUGCCUUGAGGGCUUACAGGAGAGUUGGAAGGAGAAACGACAGGAUUAGUUUGUCUUGCACACACAGACACACUCACUUGCCCUGACCACUAUAACAUUAUGGUGCCUUUGAAGUGUGGUCAAUGCUCACAGGAUUCGUCAGUCAUGGUCCAUCGGCAGCUUACAGUAGAGCACUACCCAUCCAACCUCUACUGCAGAGUGGACUAUGGAUGGAGAAGAAGAGGGAAGGGACGUUUGGGACACAGCUCCAGUCCUUAACCCUCUGUUCAUUAAUUCAACCCCCUUUUCAACUGAAGACAGACAGAUAGUGGCCCUCAGAAGCAUUGCAAUGGAGUUGAGGAACUGUUCUGUCGCAGCCAAAUAAACAGUGACCCACCGUGGGGUGUAAUGGCAGGUAGAAUGGGUGUACAGAUAGAAGGUUCACAUCAGUCUCAGCACUUUAAGUCUAUUGGUACUCCUCACAAUCAACAGGGUGCAAAAAGGGACAUUUUAAGUCAGUCCAACACCCACCUAAUGCACUGAAAAUCUAUCUUGGUAUUCAAUGUUUUUGUUGGUUUAAUUUUGUUUUAUUUUGCAAAAGACCAAACUUUACUUGCUAAAAACUGGACCAACCAUAAUUAUUUUAAAGCCAAAUGCAACGUAUUUUUAUUAAUGUCCGCAUGAACUUUAACCUAGAGAUUUUUAUUAUCAGUUUGUUUGUACCUUGCCUUAUUUACAGAUGGACACAUGGUCCUGGGAUUUUAGGAUGUUGAAAAUGUUGAAAAUUCUCAGAAUUUUAUUUUUGGUGCUGUGGUGUCUGGUGAAGUAAUAUGGCAGCUCUAUGAAUUACUCAGAAUCAAAAAGUCAACAUCAUUAUGAUGACCUACCUGAAAAUUAUAUGAUGUCACAAUAUAAACUAAUUGAAAUCAGUCAUACACUUUCUGGAUCAUUAACUGACCACAACCAUUUAAUCAGACAUUGGAGAAAAAGAUGGCUGCCAUAUUCUCUGGUUUCCUAUCACAUCUCAGAUCAGUUGUCAACCCCAAGUACCCACAAUAAUCUACUGACCAGAUGAUUCAAACAGUGACAUUGGCUGACAAACUAAGACUGAUGUGGUGGAAGAGGAAAGAGUACUGUAGGUUUCUGACCGUAUGUGACUAUGUUGUGUGUAUUCCCACUACUCCCAAACAUAACUCCUGACACCUAGGAUAGGAAGGGUUGACUUUGGGGGGAGUACAUGUUGGCUAACUGGGGGCUACUUAGUCGCUGUUUGUGUAGUGGAGAAAACUCAUUGCAUGUGGUUAUAGAUAUUUCAACUCCUGUCAGUACAUCCUCAAAAAAUAACUUAAUUGUGUACAUUUUCUUUGAAUGGAUGAGUAUUUCCAAAAUGAGGUCUAUCAUGAAAUAAAUAUUUCUCUUUUUGCCUACA